AUGUUUGAUCCAAAGAAAAAAGCGAUGAUUGAAUCAAAUGAAGCAAUGUCAGGUAAAUGCCUUUUUGGACGCAGACCAAGAUUGACAACCAAACUUAAUAACUCACCAGUGCAGAUGUCUCUAAAUGUAGCUAAGACAUUCUCAGAAAAGAAGGAAGUCCUUUCUAAAAAUAUUAAAAAUAAAGUCUCUUUAAAGAAUACUGAAAAUAGAGUAUUUUCAAGGAGUAUUGAAAGUAAAGAUGUCUUAGCAAAUCUACAGUCUGACCUACAGUCAACUUUUCGCUUAAAAGAAAGCACAGGGGACGUGAGCAAAGAUGUAGUCAUUGUAAAGCAGGAGAAAAAUAAUGAAUAUUCCCUUCAGGGUAUUGAUGAUAAGCUGUCAGAAUCAGCAGAGGAUGAUGGUGAAGAUGAUACCAGUGACAAAGAUAAUGAUGAACAUAGUAACCCUAAAAAGAAUACUCAGGCCCUACUAGAGUUCAUGGCAGAAGUAAGUUUUACCUGUGCAUAUAAUUUAAGAAACUUUAAAAUAUUGGAAUAGCUAAAUAUUGAAGAUUUAAAAUCACUAUUGCGAGAGAUAAAAAAGUGGUUCUCCUGGAGGCAGAACACAGAAUGGUGGUUACCAGAGGCUGGACGGGAAGAAGGGAGAAAGAGAGAAGUCAGUUUAGGGGUACAAAAGUACAGUUAGAUGAAAGGAAUAAAUGAUAGUAUUCAGUAGUAUAGUAGGGAAAUGAUAGUUAACAGUAGUUUAUUGUAUGCUUUAUAAUAACCAGAAGAGAAAAUUUGUAAUAUUCCCAACACAAAGAACAGAUAAAUGUUUGAGAUGAUGGAUAAUCCAAUUACCUUGAUUUGAUCAUUACACAUUGUAUACAAGUAUCAAACAUGUACCCCCUAAAUGUAUACCAUAUUAUAUAUAAAUAAAAAAUAAACAUUUAAAAAA